UUGUGCUCGUGGCGGAGAGAGAUGGCUGUUCAGGCUGCCAUCAUGAACUCGCAGUUCUUAAACUUCUGUUUUCCUGGCUCGGUCAUGGAUUAUGAGGUGGAAAAGGGUCUGGAAGGGGGUCUCCUGGGUGAGAUGGACUGCGGGGGUGACUUCAGGGAGACCACUAGAGACCUGCUUAGCUUCAUCGACUCAGCUUCCAGCAACAUCAAACUUGCACUGGACAAGCCUGUUAAGUCUAAGAGGAAAGUCAACCACCGAAAGUACCUGCAGAAGCAGAUUAAGAGGUGCACAGGAAUCAUCUCGCCAGGGAGCACACUGGUUCAGGAGCCAUGUAAGAGGCAAGGCUCGCCCCCAGCCCCAACAAGCAACCUCUCCAGCAAAACGCCACCCAAGAAGGAUGGGAUGCAGGCCAGCCUGCAAAGCAAGAGUCUGGCUGCCCUCUUCAACUCGGCGAAGGAUGUACGAGGAGAGAGGGCCAAGAAGCCCCCGCUGCGGCAUCGAAACCUUCCUCCAUCCUUCUUCACAGAGCCGGCCAACAGCUCCAGAGUUACAUCUACUUCUGGCAUGUCGCUCAAAGACCUGGAGCGAGGGACUCCGGAAGCAGCAGAGUUCUUAGAGCUUCUUGGACCCGAGUACAGCAACAUGGUCUCGGAGCAGGAUUUAUUAUACACUGCACCUAUCAGGAUUCAACAGGAAGUGACUGCGGGCCCCGAGCCAUAUGACUCCCACCAUUUUGUAAGUGGUGGGUUCUUGUACACUGAACCUUGGGGCACUUGUAGCGGCACCUCUAAAAAGUCAGGAGACAUGCGGACAGUACCAGUACAGCCAAAUCUUUAUGCCCACACAGACCUUUCUGGCAGCGUGCCUGUGGAACAGAGCGCGCCAUGUGCACUUACCUUUUCAAACUUCUUCACAGACUGCUCCACACCUCCAGUCUCCUACGAUCUGGUGAACGGAUACAACAGAGGGAGCUUUUCUUCUCUUUAGGCCAGAGAUUUUCAGUUAUAAUAAAAACAACAAAAACUCUUCUGCAUUUUUCAGUACGGUAUUGAAAAAGGACGCUACCUACAUGUAUUGCCCUUUUAAUCCUAAAACAUUUGACUCAAAACCAGCUAAGGGUUUAGUGUUUGAUGGGAUAACGUAUACAGUAGCAACCUGUAAAAGCUAUACAAUCUUAAGAUGGCCUUUACAUCUAAGGACGAACUUUUCUCCAAUUAUUUAAUGAAAACAAAAUGCAUUUUACCCAUUUCUAAUCAUAAAUUAACAAAACUAUGCUUGAGAAAUUUAUUUUAUUGCUCCCUGUAAAUAAAACAACAAAAAACACUUUGGACCUCUUAUCCUUUAUCAUGCAUUGUUUGAUUUAUAAUAUUACGAAUUUGCAGCAAUGAUUUGUUACAGAGCUGAUCUCAGGGGAUCUGCUUUUUUGUUUAACUGAAUUGUCACAAAUAUACAGUGACCCCAUUUAAGUAUUUGAUCACUUAAGCAACACUUAAGAUGUAUGAGUUUAUUUCCAUGUGAUAACAAAAAUAUGAAAUCAAGUGGUGUUUGAAAAUAAUAAUAAUAAUAAUAAUUUCUUCCCUCUCUUAUAGCUAACUUCACUCUGGUUAUUUUUGCAGUCAUUUCUAAUCGAACAGUGUUGCAGUGGCUGUAUAAAGAGGAUAUACAGUAUUUAUUAUGUAAAUUAUAUUAAACUUACA